AUCUGUCAUCCGUCCCGAGAAGAUACCUGUAUUAUCGACACUGCACUCUAUUUGCCGUCAAUUUUUUGUCAAAACAACAAUAGAUCAAGAUGGCGAGUUCGUCUAGGUAUGACGCCAACAAAGUAUGUUGCAGCUCACAUCCAGAUGCCCCUUUAAUUGAAGACUACAGGGCGGGAGACCAAAUUUGCUCAGAAUGUGGCUUAGUAGUAGGUGACAGAGUAAUUGAUGUAGGGUCAGAAUGGAGAACCUUCAGUAAUGAAAAAUCCGGAGUGGAUCCAUCUCGUGUCGGCGGGCCCGAAAACCCCCUUCUCAACGGAUCUGACCUAACCACAAUGAUAGGCCCAGGCCGAGGUGACGCAUCUUUCGACAGCUUCGGGGUCGCCCGUUACCAAAAUCGCAAAACCAUGAGCAGUUCAGACCGUGCUUUAAUCAACGCAUUCCGCGAAAUCAACGGAAUGGCCGACAGGAUCAACUUGCCUAGAACAAUAGUGGAUCGUGCCAACAAUUUAUUCAAGCAAGUUCACGAUGGCAGGAAUUUAAAGGGGCGUUCAAACGACGCCAUUGCGUCGGCUUGUCUGUAUAUAGCUUGUCGCCAAGAAGGAGUUCCUCGAACUUUCAAAGAAAUCUGUGCAGUUAGUAAAAUCAGCAAACGUGAAAUCGGCCGGUGUUUCAAAUUGAUUCUCAAAGCACUCGAAACUUCUGUUGAUCUCAUCACCACCGGCGACUUCAUGUCGCGGUUUUGUUCAAAUCUGGGGUUGCCCAAUAUGGUGCAACGAGCAGCGACGCAUAUCGCGCGGAAGGCUGUGGAGUUGGAUAUAGUGCCGGGAAGGUCACCCAUUUCGGUUGCUGCGGCUGCGAUUUAUAUGGCUUCACAGGCGUCAGAGGACAAAAGGAGCCAGAAAGAAAUCGGUGACAUCGCCGGAGUGGCCGACGUCACCAUCAGACAGUCGUACAAACUCAUGUACCCCCACGCAGUCAGCUUAUUCCCUGAAGAUUUCAAAUUCGCAACUCCUAUCGACCAAUUACCGCAGAUGUAAUUUUAGGGUAUUGUUACGGUUCUUGUUUUGUUAUAAAUUUUUAUCGUGCACGCCGUAGGUGUUGCAAGUAAAUAUUUUUUUAAGGUUUAUACAAUACACGUUAAGUAGGCUCAAUUAAAAUUUUAUAAAAUAAAAAAAUCUAGCACUGCAA